CAGUCGGGUUCAUCUCUUCUCCUUCUUUUGUGUCUCUCGCUCUCACGCCACACACGGCUUGAAUUACCCCAAAUGGCUCAAAACGGCCCUUUCGAUUCGCGUGUUCUCAUGUCACGAUGGUGUCUCGAUUCAGAUCGGGAAAGAAUGGGGGUUUUCCUCCUUGUUAUCGAAUGAUCCCCCCCUCUCAUCAGCAUUGCAUUUCCCUUGGGCCAUGAGUUACGAGUUCCUCGUACUUUGUAUGGCUGUGUGUGUGUGAAUGUUUAGCGUUCGGUUCCUGGAUUCACUCUUGUAGUAAAAACGACGUCACUCAUGACAAGAUGCGAACUCGUACCCUUGACACACACAUAUAUUGAGAUCCUUCCCACUUCACGUACAACUCACUCUGUCUUGCUUCAGAUACCAAACCAAACUUGCUUUCCGAUCAAAUCCAAAACGAAAAAUCUCUUCUUUUCUCUUUGAGAACUCACAAUCAUAAAAACACAAGUCAUCAACAUCAUGGCUUCCGGACAACCUGCUGACCCAUACAAGGCGAAGAACAAGGAUGAACCCGGUGUCGAGACCAAGAUCGAGGAACUGAACAACUUCGUCCAGUACCAAAAAUUUGGAAUGAUGACGACCCGUAUCGCCGAGAGUGGUCUUCUCGUGUCCAGAUGCAUGGCUUUGGCGGCGCAGGAAUCCGGCGGAGUCGACCUCCUCUUCCACACAAACACCGAGUCCGGCAAGACCCACGACCUCGAAUCCGACUCCCACAUCAACAUCUCCUUCUGUUCGGCCAACGGCAGCUGGGCCAGCGUCUCCGGCACCGCCACCGUCAUCUCCGACCGGGACGUGGUCAGGAAGUACUACACCCCGACCCUCAAGACCUGGGUGGGUGACCUGGGGGACGGCACCCACGACGGCAGCGAGAACGACCCACGCAUCGGCAUCAUCAAGGUGAAGGCCGUCACCGCCACCUACGCCGUGUCCCAGGGCACCUUCAUCGGCAGGGGGGUCGAGAUGGUCAAGGGCGCCAUCACGGGUGAGGCCGCCCAGGUCAACGCCCUCCGUGAGAUCAACGAGCAGGAGAUCCAACAGUGGAGGUCUUCACAUCCUUAAGAGAGAAGAAAAACAACAGCUCAGAGGGGCAAAGACCAAAGUCGAGAGAGGGAUGCGAAAGUGGUCAAAUGAGUCUGACCGUCGGUCAUUGAGCUCUUUUUUAAGAAAAAAAUCCCCUAAAAAAACCUUUGCCGACACACGUCUAUUGAUGUCACUAAUAUCUUACAAAACGUCCUCGGCUUGGGGAACGAGAAAACCCCCAAAUAAAGAGAUCAAUGAUAACUCAUUUCAAACUACUUGCAUGCCCCUCGAUUCCCUCUUUCUUUUUUCUUUCGCGUCGUUCCUUUCUGUGUGAAGCAACCCCUUUACUACUCUACCGUGCUGCGCAUUCGAAAACAAACAAAACAUGCCUUGGAUGAGCUAGCCUCAACAAUCCGAGAGUAUAGAAGAGUAGUUGUGUAGCAUUAGAGGAGAUGGUUUCUAUCCUGUUUUCCCCUUCGUCCUUUUUCCCAACCCAAGGUAUUGUUCGUAGCAAAUACACACACACAACGAA